AUGCGGCACGGCGUGCGGUCGUCGGGCACGUUCUCGGCGUCAUGGAACUUGUGGAUCAUGGUCACCAUCGCCGUCGUCCUCGUUUUCUUCGGCGCAUGGGCCAUCUUUUCCCCUUCUAACAGCGCAGCCGUGGAGGCAUUGGCGGAGGAGGAGGUGGAGGACGUGGUGGGCGAGUCGGAGCAGCGGCUGGAAGCUGAUGUGAAAGUCGCCGAGGCGAUCCAGAGGGCGAAAAACCGAGCCAAGGCCAAGGAUGUGGCUGUAGAGGCCGAGGCGAGCAGCGGGCUGGCAGAAGAGACGGGCGCUGAAGGCGCAGGGGAGGAGGACGAACAGGGGGUUGAAGUGGCAGGAGGCGAGGAGGGCGGGAUCGACUCAAAACUCGACUUCUCCUCCUCUUCCUUGUUCCAACCUUUCCCUCCCUCUUAUCGGAACCUCUUCCUCUAUUCUCCUGCCCAGUUCUUCUUUGCUGACCUGGCAGCGGUGGAGGCAGCGUGGGAUUCAGAGGACGCAGCAGCAGCAGACCCCAACGUGCCAGCAGCAGACCUGCGCACAGAGAGCAGUAGUUCCGAGUUUCCCCCUUCUUCCUUUCUCUCCCUUUCCCUUAUCCCAACCUCUCCUUCGCUGUCCCUGCUUCAGUUCUUCUCUGCUGACCUGGCAGCGGUGGAAGCAGCGUGGGACUCGGAGGACGCAGCAGCAGCAGAUCCCAACGUGCCUGCAGCAGACCUGCGCACAGAGAGCACGAGCUCUGAGGCAGGCAGUGGGCUUGAGUCUCAGGCGAGAGAGUCGGAGGAGGAGGCGAGGCUGGACAUUCGGGAAGCUGCCACGAAGAAGCAGGAGAGCAAGAAGACGGAGGACGACUUUGGGGAGGUGGAGGGGGGAGCGACGAUCAUCCAGAGCAGCCCCGAGAGUAAAGAGCCGCCACUCAUGGCAGGGCCGGUGGGGCAGGGCACAGGGGAGGAGGGGGGCGGCGCCCUGCCCUCCCUGGACCUCGAAAACGCCAAGUUCCGCUGGCCGUCGUGCGGUGGUAACCUCAUGGACGACUUUGGGGAGGUGGAGGGGGGAGCGACGAUCAUCCAGAACAGUCCCGAAAGCAAAGAGCCGCCGCUCAUGGCAGGGCCGGUGGGGCAGGGCACAGGGGAGGAGGGGGGCGGCGCCCUGCCCUCCCUGGACCUCGAAAACGCCAAGUUCCGGUGGCCGUCGUGCGGUGGUAACCGCACGGACUGGGUGCCGUGCCUGGACAACGAGAAGGCGAUCAAGGCGCUGAGGACGAACAAGCACUAUGAGCACCGCGAGAGGCACUGCCCGCUGCCUGGCGAGAUGGAGAAAUGCCUGGUGCCGCUGCCCAAGGGGUACAAGGCACAUGUGCCGUGGCCCGAGAGCAGAGACCAGGUGUGGUAUGACAACGUGCCGCACCCGGGCCUGGCGAGCUACAAGAAGGAUCAGAACUGGGUGGCGAUGGAGGGAGACAAGCUUGUGUUCCCGGGGGGUGGCACGCAGUUCACCCAUGGCGCCACGGGGUACAUCAACUUCGUCCAGAAGGCCUUCGCCGACGUGGCGUGGGGCAGGCGAGUGCGGGUGAUGCUGGACAUGGGCUGUGGUGUGGCGAGCCUGUCAGCAUAUCUGGACGCGUUUGACGUGCGAGUCAUGUCCAUGGCACCCAAGGACGAGCACGAGGCACAGAUUCAACUGGCUCUAGAGCGAGGGGUGCUAGCGGUGGUGGGGGUGAUGGGCACACAGCGCCUGCCCUUCUCCUCCAACUCCUUUGAUGCCGUGCACUGCGCUAGAUGCCGUGUGCCAUGGCACAUUGAUGGUGGGUGGGGGAUCAUUCCCAAUCAAGCAUGUGUGCAUGCACUCCCUCUCUCACUGUGCCUUCCCUUCUCCUCCAACUCCUUGAUGCUGUUCACUGCGCUCGAUGCUGUGUGCCAUGGCACAUUGAUGGUGGGUGGGGGAUCAUUCCCAAUCAAGCAUGUGUGCAUGCGCUCCCUCUCUCACUGUGCCUUCCCUUCUCCUCCAACUCCUUGA